AUGUCCCAAGACCUGUGCAAGCAAAUCACAACAUUGACAUUCCCUGGUCUUCGAGUAGCGGGACAGGAACUGGACCUGGGGACCACCCAAAGGCAAGCAGGCACAAGAGAAAGAUUACUACAAGGUGUAUUAGAGAAGCCGUACUUCCCCGAAGAUGGAACACAUGGCAUCCGUCCCUAUUCAGAAAUGGAAUUUCCCUCUUCUUUGACUAGUACUGAAAGAGCCUUUAUUCAUCGGUUGAGUCAGUCUCUUGGUUUGGUCUCUAAGAGUAAAGGAAAGGGAGCAAAUAGAUACCUAACUGUGAAGAAGAAAGACGGAUCAGAAACAGCUCAUGCAGUGAUGACCUGUAAUUUGACUCAUAACACAAAACACGCUGUUAGGAGCUUAAUUCAGAGAUUUCCUGUCACCAAUAAAGAGCGUACUGAACUUCUGCCUAAAACAGAAAGAGGAAAUGUGUUUGCAGUUGAAGCUGAAAACAGAGAAAUGAGCAAGACGAGCGGGCGACUCAACAAUGGCAUACCUCAAGUUCCAGUAAAAAGAGGAGAAUCAGAAUUUGAUGCAUUCAGGCAGUCUUUGCCAGUGUUUGAGAAACAAGAAGAGAUUGUUAACAUAAUUAAGGAAAAUAAAGUCGUUUUGAUUGUAGGAGAAACUGGGUCAGGAAAGACCACACAGAUUCCUCAGUUCCUCUUAGAUGACUGCUUUAAAAAUGGAAUCCCCUGCCGCAUAUUUUGUACACAGCCAAGACGAUUAGCAGCCAUUGCUGUGGCUGAAAGAGUUGCUGCUGAGAGAAGGGAAAGAAUUGGUCAAACAAUUGGUUAUCAGAUCCGAUUAGAAAGCAGGGUUUCUCCAAAGACACUGCUGACAUUUUGCACAAAUGGGGUGCUGCUUCGCACAUUGAUGGCCGGGGACAGUACCUUGUCAACAGUGACCCAUGUGAUUGUGGAUGAAGUGCAUGAACGGGAUCGAUUUAGUGAUUUUUUACUUACAAAGUUAAGAGAUUUGUUGCAAAAGCACCCGACUUUGAAACUGAUUCUUUCUAGUGCUGCCUUGGAUGUAAAUCUCUUUAUAAGAUAUUUUGGAAGUUGUCCAGUGAUAUAUAUACAAGGAAGACCAUUUGAAGUAAAAGAAAUGUUUCUGGAAGAUAUUCUAAAAACGACUGGAUAUACCAACAAAGAAAUGUUAAAGUACAAAAAAGAAAAACAGCGAGAAGAGAAACAGCAAACCACGCUCACAGAAUGGUACUCGGCACAGGAGAAUACGUUCAAGCCUGAGUCUCAAAGGCAGAGAGCCGUUCCCAGUGUGACUGAAGAGUACGACGUACUGGAUGAUGGUGGUGAUGCAGUCUUCAGUCAGUUGACAGAAAAAGAUGUGAACUGUCUUGAACCAUGGCUAAUAAAGGACAUGGACUCCUGUCUCUCUGACAUAUGGCUACAUAAAGACAUCGAUGCUUUUGCUCAGGUCUUCCACCUUAUUUUAACUGAAAAUGUUAGUGUUGAUUACAGACAUAGUGAGACCAGUGCGACAGCUCUGAUGGUUGCUGCUGGACGAGGCUUCACAAGUCAAGUAGAGCAGUUAAUCAGCAUGGGAGCCAAUGUUCAUAGUAAAGCGUCAAAUGGCUGGAUGGCUUUAGAUUGGGCUAAACACUUUGGACAGACUGAAAUUGUGGAUCUUCUAGAAUCUUACAGUGCUUCAUUGGAGUUUGGCAAUCUAGAUGAAAGUUCUCUAGUCCAAACAAAUGGAAAUGACCUCAGUGCAGAAGACAGAGAGCUCUUGAAGGCUUACCAUCACAGUUUUGAUGAUGAGAAAGUAGACUUGGAUUUGAUCAUGCAUCUUCUAUACAAUAUCUGUCAUAGUUGUGAUGCUGGUGCGGUCCUAAUUUUUCUGCCUGGAUAUGAUGAAAUAGUUGGUCUCAGGGAUCGCAUCCUGUUUGAUGACAAGCGGUUUGCUGACAAUACACAUAGAUAUCAAGUCUUUAUGCUUCAUUCAAAUAUGCAAACAUCUGAUCAAAAGAAGGUAUUAAAAAACCCACCUGCAGGUGUUCGAAAAAUAAUCCUUUCCACCAACAUUGCUGAAACCAGCAUCACUGUCAAUGAUGUUGUCUUCGUCAUUGAUUCGGGCAAAGUGAAAGAGAAAUCCUUUGAUGCCUUGAACUUUGUAACAAUGUUAAAAAUGGUGUGGAUUUCCAAAGCUAGUGCUAUUCAGCGGAAAGGCAGAGCGGGGCGAUGUAGACCUGGAAUUUGUUUCCGUCUGUUUAGUAGACUACGAUUUCAGAAUAUGUUGGAAUUUCAGACUCCAGAACUUUUGAGAAUGCCAUUACAGGAGCUUUGUUUACACACCAAGCUGUUAGCCCCAGUGAAUUGCACCAUUGCUGAUUUCCUGAUGAAAGCCCCCGAACCUCCGCCAGCUUUAAUUGUAAGAAAUGCAGUACAGAUGCUUAAGACAAUAGAUGCCAUGGACGCCUGGGAAGAUCUGACGGAACUCGGGUAUCAUUUGGCUGACUUGCCAGUAGAGCCCCAUCUUGGCAAGAUGGUCCUGUGUGCUGUUGUUCUGAAGUGUCUGGACCCCAUCCUUACAAUUGCCUGCACACUAGCGUACCGGGACCCUUUCGUUCUGCCAACGCAGGCCUCUCAAAAGCGAGCGGCCAUGCUCUGCCGGAAGCGCUUCACUGCGGGCACCUUCAGUGACCACAUGGCUCUUCUCAGAGCAUUCCAGGCAUGGCAGAAAGCACGGAGUGAUGGAUGGGAGCGAGCCUUCUGUGAAAAGAACUUUCUUUCACAAGCCACCAUGGAAAUAAUUAUAGGAAUGAGAACACAGCUGCUCGGUCAGCUUAGAGCAUCAGGUUUUGUUAGAGCGCGAGGUGGUGGUGACAUCCGAGAUGUUAACACAAACUCCGAGAACUGGGCUGUCGUUAAGGCUGCAUUGGUGGCAGGCAUGUAUCCUAAUUUAGUCCAUGUGGACAGAGAGAAUGUAGUACUGACAGGGCCAAAGGAGAAAAAAGUACGAUUUCAUCCCACCUCAGUUCUCAGUCAGCCUCAAUAUAAAAAGGUUGUAGUCUUGACAGAUGGCGUUCCCAAUGAUAGUAGUGACAGUGAAGUGGAGGACAGAACUACUGCUAACUUGGCUGCAUUGAAACUUGAUGAGUGGCUCAAUUUUAAACUAGAGCCAGAGGCCGCCAGUUUAUUGCUGCAGCUCAGACAGAAGUGGCACAGUCUGUUUUUACGCCGAAUGAGAGCUCCAUCUAAACCCUGGUCUCAAGUGGAUGAAGCCACCAUACGAGCAAUUAUAGCUGUGUUAAGUACGGAGGAACAAUCUGCAGGUUUACAGCAACCAUCUGGGAUUGGCCAGAGGCCAAGACCUAUGUCUUCAGAAGAACUUCCUUUGGCAUCCUCUUGGAGGUCAAAUAAUAGUAGGAAAAGUUCAGCAGACACUGAAUUUCCUGAUGAGUCUACUACUGCAGAAAGAGUACUGACGAAAUCUCCAUCUCCAGCCUUACACCCUCCUCAGAAGUACAAAGACAGAGGAAUUUUACAUCCAAAGCGGAGCACUGAGGACCGAUCAGACCAGUGCUCUGUGAAGUCUGCGGACAGCAGCACCUACCCAAGUCCUUGUGCAAGUCCUUCCCCACCAUCUUCAGGAAAGGGCUCAAAAUCUCCUUCACCAAGACCAAACAUGCCUGUUCGGUACUUCAUAAUGAAGAGUAGCAAUCUGAGAAACCUUGAAAUUUCUCAACAGAAGGGCAUCUGGUCUACAACCCCUAGUAAUGAGCGGAAGCUAAAUCGGGCCUUUUGGGAGAGCAGCAUGGUUUACUUGGUAUUUUCUGUUCAAGGAUCUGGACAUUUCCAGGGGUUUUCCCGGAUGUCUUCUGAGAUAGGAAGGGAGAAGAGCCAAGACUGGGGCUCAGCGGGCCUGGGCGGGGUCUUUAAGGUGGAGUGGAUACGAAAAGAGAGCCUUCCCUUCCAGUGUGCACACCACCUGCUCAACCCGUGGAAUGACAACAAGAAGGUGCAGAUAAGCCGGGAUGGGCAGGAGCUAGAACCACAGGUUGGUGAACAGUUGCUCCAGUUAUGGGAACGCCUUCCUUUGGGAGAAAAACCCACAACUGACUGACAAUGCAGAAUGCUUUGCUGUGGAAGAACAUGCCCAGAGGAAACUCGAAAUGUACCAAGUUUCCCAAACGGAGAGGGGUGUGCGGCACGUGUGAUGAGU